AGUAUAAUCUUCACCAGUUUGUUGGAAGAGUGCCUUCUUUCCUAUUGAGAGGCAAAAAGGUGAAUUAACUACACAAGAUGUCUGCGUCUAGCUGCAGGUCCAAGUGUGCUCGCCCGGCCGUUCUUGCCGGAUGUGUAGGCACUCCGUUGGUUGGUGGAUUUGAAAACAAGCAGCACAAAACGACGAUGGAGAUCAAACCAAAUGCGGACUUUUUAGAAGUAGACGAGCCAUAUUUUAGCGAGGAGGUGGCCACAGAUUAAGGGUUGGAAGUUGACAUCUCUAUGCACAUCUUUACGGCUUCUUCAAGUAGGAAAGCCAUAGAUAUGCGAGCUAGAGACGACAACUCUCAACCCCUAAGCAGAUGCCAGUCGAGACGUUGCAGGCGGGGCAGGGGCAGCGAGUAUGCCAGAAGGUGCAGAGAGCAUGCUCGAGCAUACCAAGACGCUAGCAGAUAACUCACAAAAAGAACCACCACAGGACGCCGCAAGCGCAGCAGUGACGGAAUUAAAACAAAAACUCGCGGAGUUUUCAUUACAAGACCCCAUGGAUUUACAAAAAGAACUCGAGAGCUUACAAGAGGUAAUGCGUGCCUUGCAAACCGCGAGGGCUGCCCAUGAAGCGGCAAGUACUACUUGGUUACGAUUUGUCGAGUAAUGGGCUUCAAUCUGAAACAUCGGCAUCACUCUCAGCAAGUUUUUUCUUUCCAAAAACAUCUUCACUCAUCUGCAGGUGAGAAGGACACGCUGACGAUUUCCAACGAGAGACUCACGAAUUUAGAAGAGAAACUCAAGAAGUUAAAAUACCAGCUCGGCCUGCGGACGUCGAUCCCCGAAUUAUGAAUCAUCUUAAGCAUGAGCAUGAGGACCAUCCCACCAGUACGGAAGUCAACAACUGAAAGACUUGCGAGCAUCAUGAUCAAGGAAACAACAGGAACAAGAUAAUCACAACGACAGCAGCACGAAGAUCAACAGCAUCAAGAUCAUCAGCAUCAUCAUCAACAACAAGGAGACCAAAGUCGUAAGGUCUUAAGCGUGUGCAGUAAGCAGCAAGCUGAUGAGUAAGGAGAUAGUUGCUCCGGAUCUAGUUAGCUUAGGCAGAUGAAAGGCACUAAGCCCCAGGGAUCUUCGUACUUACAACAACAACAAAGCCAGACACUUUGUCUUCUCAAAUUUAUCCUGUGCUUGUGCAGAUUAGCACUAGUCACAGGACAGGGGCGACAUCGCUGAGGAUAAUGGAGAGCAUCACCCAAAACCGUAGCCAUUGGGCUACCUUGAGGCGAGUCUAAUUCUGGUGCUCUCCUGGCCGCAGCAUUCUAGUGCUAACCUUGAGCUUUUCUAGUUGUUUCCUCAUACUGAAAGCCUUAGGACUCUUGUGGUUAUAGAUAGUUGAACUUUAUACGAAGCAGAGUCUUUAAAUCUGUUACGUGUAAGAAUUUCGCUCCCUUCUCCGUUGUGUUGUAGUGCUGAUUGGCGUAAGUCUUGAGUGAGAGAAUAAAACUGACCGACUACGAAACGCGAACAGCAAACAGCUCGAGAAGUUUACGGCUGAGAGCUAAGCAAUCUGCUGCAUGACGAGAAACCUACGAGGAUGCCAGGCAUCACGAUCACGAGAGUAAUACGAUGCGGCUACUCUGUUCGAGUCUUCUGGUGAGAUCUGAAAGCACGACGAGGAGCACGAGGGCGAGCACGGUAGUAAAAUUUUGAUUGAUUUAAUUCGUACAAAAUUGACCAGCGAACUCGUAGCCAUAUGCUGCUACAAAAACCCCACAGGGAAAGCCUUAAGGUGGCCCAUUUUCUCAACUUUCUAGGGGCAUAAAAUUCCAGGCAAUAAACAAAGCAAUCAGUCACGCAGUUACUCAAUAAACAAAGCAAGAAGUAACUAACUAACUCAGUCAGUCAAUGAAGACGCCAGUCAGUCAAUCAGUCAACCAACUAAGGAAGUCAGAAAAUUCUUAGUGGGUUAAACAGUCAAGACCUUCACAAAAGUAGCCCCAUCCUUACACGAGCAAACCGACGAAAUUCGGCGCACCUUUCUGGCUGGCGCGAUAGGGAUACGGUUGCGCAAGCUGUUGGAAGUUACUCCCUUCACGGUUUUCAAAGUGGCAAAGGGAGCCAAGCAAGAAAAUCCUGAACGGCAAGAGUCUAGUGGUGUAGAAAAAUUCCGAGUGGGUAUCUAGUGGCAUUACUAAGCUGAAAGUUUAGAAAAUUCUUGGUGGACGUUAAAGCAAAGGGCCCAGCUGUUUGGCAGUUUACCUGGCUGGUGUACUGGACUGAAGCCAGAGCAAAAAGCGAAAAUGCCGCCUCCGGUAGUGCAAUGCCAAGGCCUCCUCGAUCGUGGGGUAGCGGCUACCCUCCUGGUGCGAGGAGUACCCUCGGGGAGCCUAUAUGACGGGGGAGGAAAUACCAAGUCGCGCCCCGACAUGUAUCAGGCAGCAAUCCAGAAUAACUACCAUCGUACCCCGCUGACAGCGGUGACGUCCACGCUAACUGUGCCGGAGGUCAGUCAGUUGCUCAGUACGUAUUUCCUGGACACCACUGGCACGAAAGCAGGAAAGCUUCUACGCUUCAGGGACUUUAUGAAUGGUCAUCAGUUUGCACCACAGCAACAGCCUCCAGCAGCAGGAGGAGGAGCAGCGCAAAGCAGCGCCCCACAACCGCGAAAGCCUGUCAAGUUUACGCAUACGGACAGGAGACAGCUUGGGACUUUCAUCGAUGAGCUUUCUGAUACCUGCAAGGUAUUACGCAUCCGCGAUCAGUUUCAAGCCCGCGACAGACCUCAAGCGGGAUUAGUUCUGCCAGGGUUAUCGGAACAGGGAGCGGCAUCGUUCGCGGUUUUGACCAAGGCGAUCAAGGACUCUUUAUCCGCCGGCAUUCGCGUCGCGGUGCUCGAAGAGAUUCGUCGGCCGCGCAUGACUGGCACGGCCUGGGAUGUCGUGCAAUAUAUCCCGAAGCAAGUGAACAGUUUGGGCGCAGCGCAAGAAGGUGCUGAGCCUGAGGAGUAUAACCGAUCCAACUGGAAGCAGUGCGGUGGUCCGCUACGCGAUUACGCUGCAGAACUGAAGCGCGCGCUCGGUCAGUUGUCUACUCGGUUUCCCGCGGAGCCGCCGUUCGAAAUGGAGCUUCGGCGCAAGAUCAUCAAGCACGUCGAUACUUCGCAAACCGAGACCAGAUUGCUUGUGGAUCAAGUUCAAAGUCGUGCAGUCGCGCACGCUGAAGGUUCCGCUGGGUUCUUCAUCGCCGAGCUUGCCCGCCGUAUGGUGUGCACUGCUGGAGAUUCGGAAAAACACUGCGAAACUUGCGCUGCUCUCGACGAUGAGCAGAAGCAGCAGCAAGCCGUCCAGCAGGCUUUUGUCACUGGCAAAUCGUUCGGAAAAGGAAAAAGCAUGGGGCAGGGCGGCGCGCCCAGUUCCAAGGGGGAGCAAAGGUGGCCACAAGCAGCAGCAAGAGAGAAAGUUCUGCAAGAAGUGUCUUGAUCACUACAAGUCAAUCGGCAAACAGCACGAGAAAGCUGCAGCUAUCCGCUCGCACAAUGUGAAAGGUUGCAGUCAACCUUGGAAGACGCCGACGAAGGUCGCCAACCACAAGGGAAAGAACAAGCUAAGCAAGAAGGGUGGAAAGCGCGACAAAGGAAAAGGCGCGAGGAAGUCUGUUCUUAAGUACAAGCAGAGCCAGUGACUAACUUCUUCCAAUGAUAGCAAUUGACAACUCUAGUGGUGAAAGAGAAGAAGUGGCGACGGAUAUAGCAAAGAAAGUAAGUUGGCGGCCGAACUGCAUUCCGUCUUGGGUAAGUGACAGCACCUGGGGAGUUAUAAAAGCUGUCAUCAAACGGGAGCAACAACGCAAGCAAAGGAUGAAGAAGAUGAGGACGAAAAUGAAAACGAGGAUGGGCCUGAAGCCAGCACUUGAAGAGGUUGGGCAUGGGCUUGAAGUGUUUUUACAAGGUCAGUCUUCCAGUGGGGCGAUCAUCGACUCCGGGCCAAAGUUUCACAUCUCUCGAAUCGAGUCGGACUUCGACACACUCGCGGCAGAAUCCAGAGCCAAGAUCCAAGGCGCUGGCGGUAUUGUUCUGGGUCGGUUCGGCACUCUCAGGCCGAACGUGCUCGGCAGUCACUUAAGAGCGACACUCGCCAAGGAUUUACCCGGAGGCCGACUGAUAAGCGUUGGCGGUCUGAACUCAGCCGGAUGGAGAGCAGUACUCGGAGCGGUUCCGCAAGGUUCUCACUUAGAGCACAAGCGUCUUCGUCUGCCCCGGGUGAACUUGCAGAAAUCCGCCGGAGGUUUGCCAUAUUUGCAAGAUUUGCGCAAGGAGCUCGGUUGUAGUCGGCGAGUGCUAUUCUGAGGAUGCGCCUGUCUGUCCAGAAGUGGAGAGGGGGCGACAGAUUGUGCCAUCAAUCGGCUUCCCAAUCCCAUCGAGGCACUCUUAACGCGAAAAAUGUCUGAGCGCGCGCGGUAUCUCGAGCACCUUAGCAGUUGCCAUCCGUAUGGCGAGAGGCUCGGCAAGGUCGACUGUCUGCGUUGCUCUAUGCAAAAGGCGAAAGCUGUGAGUCUGUCACAAGAAGGAACGACCUGACUGAGGAACUCCAUAGUCCACCACUUUUGGCAACAGCGUGUGACUUCUUACGUCGGUCCAGUAGGACCAACUUCCAUCAGAGGAGCGCGGUUAGCUUUGACAUUUGUUGGCGACGCAUCCAAGUUAGUACGCAGCUGGCCGAGGAAUUUCCUCGAAGGAUUUGGCUCCGAAAGUUCUGAAGGAGAUCAUAGAGAGCCUUCGGGUGAAGUUUGGCGUGAAAGGCACGAACAUGACUCCAAGUGGGAAGAUCAUCGCUGCAGGUAUCAGGUCGGACAACGUAGACGCACUCCGUUCCACCGAGUAGCGAUCGACAGCAAGCAGACGAGACUACCGCUACAGCUGAGCGAGCUCCAUAGGGUUCGUUAUAAAAUAAGCCACAAGGCAACUCCGUCGUAGAAACGGUAGGGGGAACGUUAAAGCUGAACUUGCGAGCCAGCAUGGCUGGCGUCGGCUUACGACUGUGGUGCUGGUGCUUUGGGUGCCUAGUCAUAAUUUAUAACAUGACCCCCAGGGACAUGAAGCGAAUUCCACAGAAAAUUAUAACUGAGGGAAGAAAGCAACGCCUGGCGCUUACUGGGGGCGACUCGAAGCCCAACGAGCAAAGCAAGCAACUCAGGGCGUCGGCGCGCGGUAAAAGCUAGUCCUCUGGAGAUCCUCACGAAUUUUGUCAGAGGACCCAAUCACGGCGAUGAGAUCUGCAGCAGGAAAACGCAAAUACCGGCGCCGCUUCGGUUGUCUCGUGUUCUUCAAAGUCCGCCCAACUUUCAAAGUCUUUGCAGACCGGCGCACGCCAGGGGUGUUUUUGGGUUUCAGUUCGGUCGGCUCCGCCUGGAUAGUGGGCGGGGUUGUCUCUGAUGGCAGGACCAAGACGGGACUUAAGUUCAGCGCCUAUGAAACGAUCGGCGUACAACUCCCACGAGGAUAAGUUGGUCCGUCGCUACGGUCGAGGGCUUGCUCCAGGUUCUGGGGAUUACUAUGUUGGAAGACGAUUCGUCCGCUCGCGUGCCGGAGUAUGAUAGAUCCUGCUCGAUUCUUGUCGCAGACGGGCGCGCUUGGAGAAAAGCAUGGCAGCUUGGAGGGUUCUAAGUGCGCGGGGGGGUAGUCACCUGGGAGCCUGAAACUAAAGGCCAGGAGGCAGGAGCUUGCUACCGCGGGACAGGUCGAGGCAUGGGAUCCUGCUAAGAUUAAGAAGGAGCCCGCCCGAAUUGGACGAACUAAGUCAACCACGACCGAGGAAGAAGCUCAAAAUAAGCUCAGGAAAGUAGUGACAUCUGCACCGCAUGAGUCUAGUAGAGAGAAGUCCUCCGCCAGUAAAGACGCUCCGCAGUACAUCCUUCCAGAGCCUUCUCUAGCAUCUAGUAGCGCGCAGGAGAGGAGUCAGCUCUGCUAGAACGCUGCGACGCAUACCAGACGACGCCGAUCGCUAUCUUAUGCCGCAGCACAGGGCUAAGAAACCUCGACGGAGACGAGAAAGAGCAAGAGCGCUCCCGCUGAGUUAGCUACUUCUGUUUUCAUUCUGGACCCGCGACAAUUCGCAGCGUCGUAUGUGGCUACGCAGGGAGGGAGUUUGUCGUCAGCUAGAAAAAGAAGAGGAAGAAGAGCGCGCGUCUCUUGGUGCUGAGAUCUUGCGAGCGGCACAGGGUGGAGAUGGUUUUGCGGGAUCGGCUCCACCUAAGGCCGCCACGAAUCCACAAAGCCCCAGCCACCUGAAGUGGGUAGAGGCGGAUGACUUGGAAAGGGCUUCCAGUGGAAGCGUGUCGCCGUUGGGGGAAGCUAAGUGAGGACGAGGAAAGAGACUGGAUGGAAGGACACCGCAAGGCAACCCUGCCGGCGAUUCUGUAUAACCACAAGUGGGGCGGUAGAUUCAAAGCUCGGCGAUUCGUUCUAGGUGACUGGUGGGAUCCUGGUGGCUAUCAAGAGUUAGACAGUCUUACUCUUACGGCUUCGCAAGUUGGUAGUCGCCUAGUUCUUAUCGAAGCAGCACGUAGAGGAUGGGGCGCCAUUCCGUAGGACGUCGGAAGUGCGUUUAUUCGAGCUUCUACAGAUCGCACAGCCCUAAAACCUCUGCCGAAGCAGUGGCGCGAUGGACAGGAAGACGGACCAUGGCGCUAGGGGUUUACUUCGGGCGCUUUAUGGGUUACCGAUGUCGCCUCGCUUAUGGCAGAAACAGCACGCCAAGGACCUACAGGAGAUGGGCCUCGAGGGCGGAGGGCUUACACAGUCCCGGCAUUUGGACUGCGCGAGAUUCUUCUGGUGAACUCAUUGCGAUGCUGAGUGCUUACGUGGGUGGUUGCGCUCUAGGCUAGCCGCGAAGGACAAGGAGCUUAGCACCGGCUUGAUCGAUAAGCCCCGUGCCCUACUCCCGUUAUCCACGACUAAAGUGGAUGAAGUGGCCGACAAUGAUGGCACUUGGCUUCACUUCGACAUGCUUGGGGCAGGCGUUUUCUACAAUGCUCAAGAGAAGUCGGCGAAGAUCACGAUGGCGACCUACCUCAAGAAGAUGCCCAAGACGUUCGGCAUGGAGAACCGCAGCAGCUUACCAACUCCGGCCUUCGGCGAGGCACUUCUUUACCAGGAUUCGCCUCAGAUCGAGCUCAACACUCGGCAGGUAGCCGGCUCCUUACAGUGGGCGGCAGCUACGGUGGCCAGGCCCGACUUAGCUCAAGUGACGGAUUGUCAGGCGCGUGCGGCAAACCGUCCGCCAAACAAAGCAAUCGCUGCAGCGUGUAAACGUGUACUAGCUACGAUACGCCCAGGGGUCGACCUUUGGGCGAAGGCAGAACUUAUAGUCCCCAACAAGAGCAGGAGUCCCAGAACUUAUUCGGGGACCUUUAUCACCAUCUGGAGAGUAUUCAGAUCAAUGAAAUGGCUAUUGACUGAACAAGAGAAGAAGUUCGGGCUGGAGUUCUUUCAUCCCCUCCAGAGUUUCGGUGAUGCAAGUGAAGUUUCGCUUCUACGCUCGAACCCAAGUCGGCUGCUGGAGUAGUCGUAUACUACUACGGCUGUCCAGCUCCAGCUGUGUGGAAGUCCACGGCCCAGACGGUCCGACGUGGAUCGCAGUGCGAGUCUGAAACUGUGGCCCCGCCGGACCUUCUCAAAGUCUCGGAAGACAUCCACGCAAUUCGCCGCUUUCUUCGAGGUGUGCCAGAAACAGGCGAAAGAGACAAAGAUAAAGGGCCUUUGUGGUUGUACUGUGAUAGUCGUAGUGCUAUAAUUAGCUUAACGAAAGCCAACCUUAGCGACGUACUGAAAAAGAGUAGACGCGUAGCCCUGCGCUACAUGCAAGUGCGGGACGACGCGCAGCGUCUUUGUUUUUGUUAUGUUCCAACGGGCGCGCAGAGGAGUGGCGGUCUGGCUAAGACUUCGGCCAGUGGCUUACUUUACCCAAACGUCUUCCAUGUUCAAAGCAUGAAAAUAGGCGCUGGCUUUCCUACUUAGUGCGUUCUGGCCUUUGCAGUUCCAUACUAGGAAGGCAUGCCUUACAUCUUCGAAGUCAUUCAAAUCGCACGCAACAGACUCCAUCUUUUGCCAGGUUUAACAUCUUCAGCAACAUCGUCCGCGCUUGUAUUGCAUCGCUUUCCACUUUCUCAAGGGUUAAGUUUUGCUAUUGCAAUUUUCUUGGCUUAGUCCGUAUUAGCUAUCAACAAGAAGCACACAGCAUGAGAAGCCAAAAAUGAUUAGUGAAGAAACAACUAAACAGCUAAAGCAAUAAAUUAAAAGCAAGAGAGUACCACCGAAAAGCAAAGAAGUGAAACCACAUAAGUGAACUACUUAGGCUUUACCUUAAGUCACUGGCUAAGUUUACUCACUGACCCGACAAAGUAGAAAGCUUGGAGUGUCUAGCCAUUGUGGGGCUGUUCUUCUUUCUUUCGUUUUCUGCUCGGUCGCUUCAGUUUGGUGGAGGGCGUUACCUCUGACGACCUGUUGCGCGUCGUUCAGUUUGUGUGUGAAGGGGGGAGCGUCGAUCUCCAAACUGUGAAUCAUCUCAAGCAUGAGCAUGGGGACCAUCUUACCAGUACGGAAGUCAACAGCUUAAAGACUUGCGAGCAUCAUGAUCAAGGAAACAACAGGAGCAAGAUAAUCACAACGACAGCAGCACGAAGACCAACACCAUCAAGAUCAUCAGCAUCAUCAUCAACAGCAAGAAGAUCAAAGUCUUAAGGCCUUAAGCGUGUGCAGUAAGUAACAAGCUGAUGAGUAAAAUAGUUGGCCCGGAUCUAGUUAGCUUAGGCAGAUGAAAGGCACUAAGCCCCAAGGAUCUCCGUACUUAACAACAACAACAACAAAAACGAAACCAAGCAAUGCCUUCUCAUCUCUUCUCAAAUUUAUCCUGUGCUUGUGCAGAUUAGCACUAGUCACAGGACAGGGGCGACAUCGCUGAGGAUGAUGAAGAGCAUCAUCCAAAACCGUAGCCAUGCCAUUGGGCUACCUUAAGGCCAGUCUAAUUUUGAAGCUCUCCAAGCCGCAUCAGCGGAACGAAAAGGAACAGAGUCUGACCUUUGUCACGGACGCAUAUAGCUGUUAUGUCUGACUGAAAGAUCCAGCCAUGGGUAAGGAGCGCAAUCGCCAGAGGCCUCAAUACU